GUCCCUGAGAAGUUUUUUUCAAGUUAGUUGUAGCAAGUCUAGAAUGAAGGGAUCUUCGCCAAUGAACUAGAAGCAAAAGCGAUACGAAAUUACAGGCAGAAUAAAAGGCGCAAAAGUUGUACCAUGGAGUUACGGUUAGAAUAUGAUAGAUCAGUUUUUCGUAUGCGACUGCCAUACAUAGCUACUUCACUGUUGAAACCUCGAUUCGAUUGAAAAACAGGACGCCGGUAAUACUCAUCCGUGAGUUGAAGGGUUUGUAUUCUGUAGUUCGAUACGGACACAUCACAGAGUAUCAUUCUGUAUUCUUCACUGUCUACUACGAAAACUUGAGUUUGCUUCAAAAAUAGAAAGCAAAUCAGCGGCGGCCACGAAGAUGGGCGGCAGUUUUUGGUAUGGCAGCUUUGGAGGUACGGGAGGACAGAGAAUGUUACCAGGAGUGGGAGUCGACUACUACCAUACCGGCUACAACAGUUACAACAAAGGUGCUAAGAACACUACCCCGAACAAAGGCAAAGGUAAAAAACAAGGAAAGCAGGCAUCGCCAGACAGCCACGGUGUAAAAAAGAAUCCUUGUGAAUACACUUUGCAGCGGGUGGUAGUCGGCAGGCAGAACGACGCCGGAAAGUCGUGGAGUGAAGGGGUUUAUCUCGAGCCACAUCCUUCCCGAGAAGGAGAAACAGAAGGUAUCUGCGCCCGUUGACUUUUACGUUUUCGGAGAAAUUAUAGUGUAUGUUUAGUCAUAGAUUUGCCGGUUAACUGUGAGUCACACACAACAAACUGCGAGGGAAGUUUUCUUUCAGGCAACCCACCCUACGUUUACGUGUAUACCUGCAGCUUGGAUCUUCAGGAGGUGGAAUUUAUCGACAUCUGUCAGUCGAUGUCUAUUCGGCCGCCACACUCAGUACAUGAUGGUAAUCAUACCAGGUAGCGCGGGAUUGUCUGAACAGAACACCCCCGCAUCCUCCUGCGAAAACUUUUCGUUUCGCUCGCAGCGGCCUCGCUAUCAAGUGGAUUCUGAGUUGCACGAAAGUAUUUCGGCAGUCGCUCUGGACGCC